AUGCUGAUGCGCUUAUUUCAAAGGCCGAACUGCCUGCUUAAUCGCAGGAAUCGAUAUCAGCUGCUAACCACGCUGCUGAUUAAUGUCAUAUCCAUUUCACACGGCAUCGGCAUCGGAUGGCUAUCCCCCACGCUGAGGAAACUUCAGUCCAACUCCCCCGUGGGUUUCGAGGUGAAGUCCGAGUUCGAGAUCUCCUGGGUGGGCUCCAUGCUGGGCAUGGGCUCGGUGACUGGCAAUAUACUGAUUGGGUGCCUGCUGGGGCGCCUGGGCAGCAAGAGGUGUCUGCUGUUAAUUGCCAUUCCACAUUCGUGCCUGUGGAUCCUGGUCUACUUUGCCCAGAGUGUGGAGUACCUGUACGUGGGAAGACUUUUGGCUGGCAUCUGUGGCGGCGGCAUGUACAUUGUUCAUCCUAUUUUCCUCAGUGAAAUCGCAGAUGCCAACAUCAGAGGAACCUUCUCUGCCAUGGUUAUGCUAUCGGUCAAUGUGGGCGUCCUGGUGGGCUAUAUCAUGGGCACCCACUUGCCGUACUACUCGAUUCCGUUUAUGGUGCUGAUACUGCCCCUGUGCUACCUCAUUUCCGUGUUGCUGUUCAUUAAGGAAUCACCCAUGCAUCUCAUAAGGAUUGGCAAAUACUCGGCCGCCGAGAGAUCGUUCCGCUACUAUAAGAACAUCAAGGACUCUGAUAAUAUUCACGAUCAGAAUAGAGCCAUGGAGGAGUUUGAGAUCAUGAAGAUAGCCCUGGCCAAAGGGGAUCCCCUCCAGGACGCCGUCACUUUCAAGGACUUUUACUCUCGAGCUGCUCUGAAGGCCUAUGGACCCGCUCUGGUGCUUUUAAUUGCCAAUCAGUUCAGCGGACUUUUCACCAUGGUCAACUACAUGUCGGACAUAUUCGCCAACUCGGGCAGCACAAUGGACCCGGAUACGUGCACCAUCAUCAUUGGAGCCGUCCAAAUCCUGGGCACCUAUGUGACCACUUUGCUGUGCGACAUCUGCGGACGAAAGCUACUCAUGCUGGUCUCCACGGCCGGAGUGGCCAUUAGCCUGACGGCCUUCGGAUUCUUUACCAAAUAUGCCGAGAGUCACGAUGUCGGUGAGUACAGCUGGAUACCCCUGCUGCUCAUGUCCAUGGACAUCUUUCUGGGCAACAUCGGCCUGGUGGGAUGCUUCUUUGUCAGCCUAGUGGAAAUGUUUCCCGUCAAGAUUCGUGCCAAGGCCGCCUCAAUGGCAAUUGUGGUUUGCAGCAGCUUUGUGUUCGUCAUGCUGAACAUAUUCCCGAUCUGCAUGAAGCAGUGGGGCAUUUCGGCCACCAUGUGGUCGUGUGCAGGUGUCACAGCACUCAGUUUCCUUUACUUUACGUACUUCAUGAAGGAAACGAAGGGCAAGUCCAUGUUGGAUGACUGAGCACGUGAAUGAGUGUGAAAAUAAUAUUUCAAUAAAAACAUGCAACUGAUUAAA